UGAUGUUAAAAUGGCAUAAGUUGAGUUUAGGGGCUGUGCUCGGAUUGACUUGAAAUUUAUACUACAGGUAGGUAUUUUUAAACUGAUUACGGCAAUAUAAAUUUUUUGUGGGGGAAAUAACCGGUUACCCGGUUAUUGGACCCGAAAGUUCAGAUACAAUGUUCGGUUUUUAUCCGGUUCCACUGAACCGAUACAAACAAAAUGGGUAUCAUUGGAAAGCUUAUGAAAAUACCUAUCCAACAAGUGGUCACAUGAACCGGUUACAAGAACCGGUUCCAGAGUAAUGCAAGAAAAUUGAUAUUUUUUACCAGUACUUUUUGAAAAACCCAUAAAAACUCAAAAAUGGACCCAUUAUAAGGUAUUAAAAUCUACAUACCGUAUUAUAGCCAACAAUAUUGCCUUUCCAAAAUGGUAUCAUACAUGUUGAUAUCUUUUGUAAUUCCGAAGAUAUUGGCUUUUAAAGUUGUUACUUAUGAAAGUAGUAUGAGUGAAGCCAAGUUUUAUGUCGGGUUUAACGUUUUUGUUAAUCUGUUUUGGUUUGAAUUCGGUGUUGAUUAAAAAGUGCUUUUAAUAUAACGUCAUUUUUUGCAUUCCUUUUCACGAAACUGAGUAGAAAGGGAAUUAAGAUACAAAGAAUUUCUGCGAAUGUGGGUGGAAAAGGAAUAUCUAAAAAGUACCGUUAUAAUUUAGCUAGUUUUUAAUUAAAAUUUUCGUUACAAUGGAAAGUGUCGAACUUUUGGAAAUUUAUAAAAUUUUCGAUUAUAAACGCAGUGGAGCGUUAUCUGAAGGUGCCCUCCACCAAUUGCAGAAGUGGGGAUUAAUUCCUGAUGUUGGACAAUUAAAAUGCAAUCGUGGGCAUUGCAUGGAGCUGGGUCCAUACGUUGAUUGUUGCGAUGGGUGGAUUUGGAGGUGUCAGAAGAAGUUUCGGGGCCGUCGAACUGGGAGUUGUAAUCUGAAACGUUCCUUACGAAAAGGAACGUUUUUUGAUAAUUCGCAUCUCUCAAUUUGCCAAAUUAUCGUCUUCAGUUUUAUGUGGGUUGAGAGGGGAGGCCCUCUCAAAGACAUAAUACGGGAGACGAAAAUUGAUAAGCGGACUGCAGUGGACUGGAACAACUUCUGUAGAGAAGUUGUUGUCUUUAGUUCAUUCCAGACGCAAUUGCAAAUAGGCGGCCCUGGAAUAAUUGUCGAGAUCGACGAGUCUAAAAUCGGAAAGAGGAAGUACCACCGUGGCCAUCCUGUUGAGGGGCAAUGGGUUUUCGGCGGUGUUGAACGGGAAACAAAUAAAUGCUUUAUUGUUCCCGUUCAAGACCGCUCGAAAGAAACCUUGCUGCCCCUCAUUAAAAAGUAUGUAAGACCCGGUUCCGUGAUUAUUUCCGAUUUUUGGAAGGCUUAUGAUACCUUGGAUGAGGAGGGGUACACCCAUCGAAAGGUGAACCAUUCUGAACAUUUUGUGGAUCCCGAAACGGGGCACCACACUAAUACCAUAGAGGGUUUGUGGCGCCACCUCAAGGUAUCACUUUCUGCAUAUAACCGUAGAAAAAUAUUUUUCAACGGUUAUAUACAGAAAUUUAUAUUCUUGAGGUGGUGUCACGCAAAUCUGAAAAAUCCAUUUGAGGAAUUCCUGCGCUUUGCUGGUCAACUUUAUGACCCCACAAAUAGUAAAGUUGAAAAGCAAAGGCAGGAAUUCCAAAUGGAUUCAGCGGAACCCUAUAUGGUAUUGGAGGUGAGUGCUCCUGAGGAGUCCGAUAGUUCAGAAGAUGAGGACGCACCACCUCAAAAAAGAAGGCGCACCUAGGAAAAUUUUAAUUGUUUAAUUGUUUAAUUUUUAAUAUUUAAAUUUGUUAUUGUUAUUGUUAUUUCUAAUUUAAGUUUGUUUCCUAAUUUGUUCAUAUAGUUUGUAAUUUAGCGUUAUUUAUUAAGAAAAAGUAUAAAAAAAUUGAUUAAGAAUAAAAGGUGUUUUAAUUAUAAAAGUUUAGAAAACUAUGGAUUGCGUAGCCGGUGUUGGACAUACAUCAGAGGAGAAAAUCUCAAGCCCCGGCCGAAGGCCGGCUACCUACAAAGAUUACAAUGUUUAGAAAAAUUAGCGAUCGCGUAGCCGGUGUUGGACAUACCCCAGAGGAGAAAAUCUCAAGCCCCGGCCGAAGGCCGGCUACCUACGAAGAUUACGAUGUUUAGAAAAAUUAGCGAUCGCGUAGCCGGUGUUGGACAUACCCCAGAGGAGAAAAUCUCAAGCCCCGGCCGAAGGCCGGCUACCUACGAAGAUUACGAUGUUUAGAAAAACUAGCGAUCGCGUAGCCGGUGUAGGACAUACCCCAGAGGAGAAAAUCUCAAGCCCCGGCCGAAGGCCGGCUACCUACAAAGAUUACGAUGUUAAGAAAAACUAGCGAUCGCGUAGCCGGUGUUGGACAUACCCCAGAGAAGAAAAUCUCAAACCCCGGCCGAAGGCCGGCUGUUUAAAAAUGCUAUAGAGGUUAGAUACAUUUGACUGGAGAAAAAAUUGCAAAUUAAUGACUUCUAUCACUAAUAUCUUCGGAACUACAAAAGAUAUCAACAUGUAUGAUACCAUUUUGGAAAGGCAAUAUUGUUGGCUAUAAUACGGUAUGUAGAUUUUAAUACCUUAUAAUGGGUCCAUUUUUGAGUUUUUAUGGGUUUUUCAAAAAGUACUGGUAAAAAAUAUCAAUUUUCUUGCAUUACUCUGGAACCGGUUCUUGUAACCGGUUCAUGUGACCACUUGUUGGAUAGGUAUUUUCAUAAGCUUUCCAAUGAUACCCAUUUUGUUUGUAUCGGUUCAGUGGAACCGGAUAAAAACCGAACAUUGUAUCUGAACUUUCGGGUCCAAUAACCGGGUAACCGGUUAUUUCCCCCACAAAAAAUUUAUAUUGCCGUAAUCAGUUUAAAAAUACCUACCUGUGGUAAAAAUUUCAAAAUGAUCAGAGCACAGCCCCUAAACUCAAC